ACCAUGGCACCUCUCAACUUCCUCCUCCUCUCUCUCAUCCUCUCUCUCUCCGCUCUGACAAUCCCCUCUUCAUUCGCCGCUUCUGGUUCAAUCGCAGUGAACUACGGCCGAAUAGCAAACGACCUUCCAGACCCAUCCAAAGUAGUUCAACUCCUCAAAUCCCAAGGCCUCAACCGAGUCAAGCUCUACGACUCCGAUUCAACCGUCCUUGCCGCUUUCGCCGAUUCCAACAUCUCCGUCACCGUCGCUCUCCCCAACGAGCUCCUCUCCUCCGCCGCCUCCACCCAAUCCUACACUGACACUUGGGUCCAAUCCAACAUCCUCCCUUACUUCCCCAAAACCCAAAUCGAAGCCAUCGCCGUUGGCAACGAAGUCUUCGUCGAUCCAAACAACACCACCAAAUUCCUCGUUCAAGCCAUGAACAACAUGUACUCUUCUCUUUCAAAAUCAAAUCUCCAGAAUUCGAUCAAAAUCUCAUCCCCAAUCGCUCUCACUGCUCUUCAAACCUCAUACCCAUCUUCCUCUGGCUCAUUCAAACAAGACCUAAUCGAACCAGUGAUCAAACCCAUGCUCAAUUUUCUUCAAAAAACGAGUUCAUACCUCAUGGUCAAUGCAUACCCAUUCUUCGCAUACACAGCGAACACCGGUGUGAUCUCUCUAGACUACGCUCUGUUUCGGGACAAUCAAGGCGUGGUGGACUCAGGCAGUGGUCUCCGAUACUACAGUCUCUUGGAUGCUCAAAUCGACGCCGUUUUUGCCGCUUUGAAUUCGAUAAACUACGGCGAUCUGAAGAUGGUGAUCUCUGAAACUGGGUGGCCUUCAAAAGGAGAUGCGAAUGAGGCUGGUGCGAGUCCGGCAAAUGCGGCGGCGUAUAAUGGGAAUUUGGUGAAGAGAGUGCUUACUGGGAACGGGACUCCAUUGAAGCCCAAUGAAACUUUGAAUGUGUUCUUGUUUGCGCUUUUCAAUGAGAAUCAGAAAACUGGGCCUACGUCGGAGAAAAAUUAUGGUCUGUUUUAUCCUAAUGAACAGAAGGUUUAUGAUAUUCCACUCACACUUGAGGCUCUAAACGGGGUGCAGUCAACACCGAUCAAUGGAAGUAAAUCCCAGGUGGCGACAUCUCCAACGCCUAGUGGUGAUGUGUCGGCCAGUGCGGCGGGACAAACCUGGUGUGUGGCAAAUGGGAAUGUUGGGGUGGAAAAGUUGCAGGCAGCGCUUGAUUAUGCUUGUGGUCAAGGAGGGGCUGAUUGUCGUCCGAUUCAGAAGGGUGCCACUUGUUAUGAUCCGAAUAGUGUGGUGGCGCAUGCAUCGUAUGCAUUCAACAGUUUUUAUCAGAUGAAGGCACGUGGGAGUGGAACGUGUGAUUUUGGUGGUGCGGCCUAUGUGGUCACGCAAUCUCCUAGUCCGUAUCCUAUCUCCUCUCUAUUUUUUUUGUUUCUUUUUUUCAUUUUAUGUAUAUUUUUAUGAACAACCUGCUAUAGAUUUAUUAGAAAAUUACCAAAAUUAUUAGAAAAUAGAGAAACUAAUUAUUUUAGAGAUGAAAAUAAUUAUAAUAGUGAUGAAAAAUUGUAUAAAAGAAAUACAAAUUAGUGAAAAUAGUUUGUAAAAUGACCCAUUUACCUACAAACUAAUUUUGGCUCUAGUGUUAGCAACCUCUCACUCACUCUUACUUGAUCGCCACCAGUUCUUCCUCACUCAAUCCUUUCCCACGACCUCUUCUCAGUUUCUUUCACCGCUUGCCUCUUCCCUCCAAUCGCAUGUCCCGCCGCUUUAUAACAU